CAUACGUCAUCUGAUCUCUCUAAUCAUAAAGAUUGUUCUGCUGAUAAUUUAGAUGUUGUUACACAUAGAACAGGCCCUACAGGUGCUAAAAUGUUCCCCUGUUCUGAGUGCGGGAAAUGUUUCUUACAUCAUUCAAUCUUUGUUAGACAUCAGAGAAGUCACACAGGUGAGAAACCAUUUCCAUGUUCUGAGUGUGGGAAAUGUUUCUCACAGACAUCACAUCUUGUUGUACAUCUUAGAGUUCACACAGGUGAGAAACCGUUCUCUUGUUCUGAGUGUGGGAAAUGUUUCCCACGGAAAUCAAAGCUGAUUGCACAUCAGAGAAUUCACACAGGUGAGAAACCGUUCUCAUGUUCUGAGUGUGGGAAAUGUUUUACACGGAAAUCAAAGCAGAUUGCACAUCAGAGAAGUCACACAGGUGAGAAACCGUUCUCAUGUUCUGAGUGUGGGAAAUGUUUCUCGUGGAAAUCAAAGCUGAUUGCACAUCUGAGAACUCACACGGGGGAAAAACCAUUUUCAUGUUCUGAAUGUGGGAAAUGUUUUGCACAGAAAUCAGAUCUUGUUACACAUCAGAGAUGUCACACCGGCGAGCAACCAUUUUCAUGUUCUGAGUGUGGGAAAUGUUUUUCACAUAAAUCAUAUCUUGUCAGACAUCAGAGAUCUCACACAGGUGAGAACCCAUUUUCAUGUUCUGACUGUGGGAAAUGUUUUUCACAUAAAUCAUAUCUUGUCAGACAUCAGAGAACUCACACAGGGGAGAAGCCAUUUUCAUGUCCUGACUGUGGGAAAUGUUUUACAGUGCAAUCAAAUCUUUUUAAACAUCAGAGAACUCACUCAGGCGAGAAGCCAUUUCCGUGCUCUGACUGUGGGAAAUGUUUUACACAGAAAUCAACUCUUGUCAUACAUCAAAGAACUCAUACGGGUGAGAAGCCAUUUCCAUGUUCUGAGUGUGGGAAAUGUUUUGCACAAAAAAUAAGCCUAGUUUUACAUCAGAAAAUUCACACAGGGAGAUAAAAAAAAAACAACAACCACAUUACCAUGAGGUGAUCACCAUAAUAGGGUUUCAGCGAUAAUCUAAAUAUUGUAUUAUACGUUGGCAUUAUUAAUGUAAAUAAUAAAAAAAGUGGUGUAAACAUA